AUGAGCCAAGAUGACUCCGCCAACCGACCCUCCGGGAGCCAACAAGUCCCUGCUGACAGACCCUCCGAGGGACAACAAGUCCCACUGGAACAACCAAGAGAUGGUGUCUUCGAUUCGCUCCUGCAAGACCUCGAUCAGAUCCUCACCGAUUACAACCUCCAGAAAUCGUCCAUAUUCGAAGCGUACAAUGCAGUCAACGCACGGUUGGAGUCAGAGUCAGACCUUACGACCACCCAAUCUCGCUCCCGAACAGAAGCUGGAGUUAGAGGAUCGCGAGGUGAGCAACCAAGUAGGCGAGAUGAGACCGCUGCUCGAGCGGAUGGGGCUCACGAAUCAAGCCCUGAUGAUUUGCCUGGGUCUCCCGAUUUGGGAGGAGUCAAUAUCUUUCAACCACCAUCCAAAAUCCGCCGUCUCCUCUCAAAAAGCUACCAGGCUACAAUUGUUAUGAGGGUUCCCCUCAAACUGGAUGGCCGAGCUUGCAGCGCCUUCGGCGCUGCGCUGCAAGCUUGGCCAUCCAGUUUGGGAGGAACCCUCUAA